CAUCUUCAAACCCUUUAGUUACUCUUCAGCCUGCUGUGAAAUGUAACCAAAAAAGAAAAGAAAAAAAAAGAAAAAGAAAAAAACCUUUGUUGACUAGACUUCCUCACUCUGGACCGGGAUUUUUUCCGAUUGCAGCUCGUUGUCUGCACUACACACUACUGCCACUAGCUAGCUAUCUGUCUACUCGGUGGCUAGCUCUCACUCCGACCAGUCACCAACCCUCGAUCAGUCUUUUGUGACGAGCUCUUGAAAAUAUCCUCUCCAAAUAGAACAAAAGGCACGCAAACCAAGGCUUAGAACGAAAGUCACACAAGUCUAAAAAGAUGAACUCAAUCAGAGAAACCCGACAAUGAUGGUUUACAUUGCUCGAUUCUGCAUUCUCAUCAUCACUAUCUAGCAUGGCUCAUCUCUACAACCUCGCUCCGUCUGCAAUCUGGGUCACGAUAGCACCUUGCCAUGGCGGAUCGCCACUCGGUUUGAACAUGAUGAACAUCCCCGAUGAUCAGGGCCAAGCGCUAGCUAGGUUGCUCGAUCAUUGCAGGCCCGAUGAGCUCCCAGGCAGUGACGAUACUUGCCCGACUGGGUCAUCCGGACUUCAUACGAACCAGAAGCGAGGAGAAGCGCCUGUCUUGUGAUUGGUCCUGAAGGGGAAAGGCGUGAGACUCCAAACAGGGAAUCUCUCACGGUCGAUGACUGGCUGUAGGAGAAUAGUCCUCCGGAGUAGUACUGGGGGUAGUUGUCGUUUCGGAAAAGGCAGGCUAGCUAGGUGGUAAUAGUAAGGUAGUCGUUGUAGUAGCAAGAGAGUUGAACAAUUGAACAAAGAGACCUAAAAAGAAAAAGGAGGGAAAGGGAGACAGAGACA